CAGACAGCUAAUAUGCAACACAUACACCCAGCACCCAACACCCAACACCCAACGCCCACAUACCAGCUUUGUCUAAAUCCCGGCUCUCGGUCCCGAUGCCGGCCCAGGUCUGGUCGGACUUUAUAUUCCAAUUCUUUUUCAUUGUUAUUUCUUACCAUGAUCUCUUUCUUUCAUAUUUCCUACCCUGGCGGCAGAGUCCUACCCCUAGAAGGGAGAAGGGAGGAGGGAGGAGGGAGAAGGGUCUUAUAUCUUAUAGUACGUUCUACGUUCUACGUUGGAACGUCGAAUGCAGGAUCGGUAGCCUCCUUCCACUGCAUGACGCAUGGGAGAUCGGCAAGGCAGAAUCGUGCAUUCUUUUCAGCCCUAUGGCCCCCAGGUUGCCUUGUCUAGUCACGUUUGCAUCGCCCCCGAUGCGACACAAGGCACCUAAUGCAAGGGGGUGGCCGGAAGGUGCCGAGUCUUGGCCAACCCCGGAGCCUCGCCUCGCCUCGUGUCUAGGACAUGCACCUAUCUGGGGUCGGAUCGGGACGCAUAGCCGCAUACCGCAUAGCAUACACUGCAUGCUUAGGCAAAUAUGGGGAAAUCCGAACAAGGUGGCACUCUCUUUUCCGGGAAAGACAGCUACUUUUCGACUAACGACGUCACGAAUUCUCGAUGCCUUAUGAUGAACGGGAAAGGCUCCCAAGCGAAACACAUGUGUUUUGGGUAUAUUUGAAAUGGAUUAGGAAUCGAAUGAAUAUAUGAAGGGAUGAAUAAUAAUGACUGAUGAUAAUUACGACGAUGGGAUGAUGCCUGGGAGAAUGAAUGUCGUCUAAAAUAGGGUUAACAACAAAGAUACCACUCAGAAUUUGCGUUGGAUUUUCCAAUGGUUAUAAUGAAAUUUCCCUUCCUUUUCUCCCCUCUCCCCUCUCCCCUCUCACCGCAACUUUGCCUCGUAGGAGUGAAUUUUGCGUUCGCUCGUGGUGGCGUAGCAGGAGCUUCGCCUCGCUACCCA